AUGUUGGAAACACAACCUGAUACUGACCAUAAUGGCCGCAUGACAAUGCUUGAUGAACGAUAUUUAUCUAUUGCUGAUUUACAAGAACGUCAACAAAAAUUAGACCAUGAAAUAAAGAACCUUGAUUUGGGAGCAUUGGAAAUCACUGAAGAUGAUUUAUAUGACGAAUGGUGUGAUCCGAAAACACCUCGUAUACUCCGUUUCGAAGAAAUAGCUGCUGCAGCCUAUCGAAUUAAAUUUGGUGUUGAAAGAACACCAUGUACAAGCUCACAUCUGUCUAAAGUCACUGGGAUGGAUUUGUAUUUGAAAAAAGAAUUCUUAUUACAUACAGGUAGUUUUAAAGAGCGUGGUGCAAGAAAUACUCUAAUGACUUUGCCACCGGAAGAAAAAGGUCGAGGAGUCAUUGCAGCCAGUGCAGGUAAUCAUGCUUUAGCUAUCUGUUAUCAUGGCCAACAAUUGGGUAUACCAGUUGUGGUUGUUAUGCCAAGGCAUGCACCAAUUAUGAAAGUAAACAAUUGCAAAUCAUUUGGAGCUGUUGUUAUUGUUAGAGGAAUGGAUUUAUCUGAAUCAAAACGAGUAGCAUUAAAAUUGUCUAAAAUGUUACAAUUACGAUAUGUUAAUGGUUUUGAUCAUCCAAAUAUUCUAGCUGGCCAAGGAAGUCUAGGUCUUGAAGUUCUUGAUCAAGUUCCAGAUGUUGAUGCAAUCAUUGUACCAACGGGUGGUGGGGGUCUUUUAGCUGGCAUUGCGGUUGCGAUUAAAUCAGUUAAUCCUCGUGUACAAGUUAUCGCCGUUGAAUCUGAACGUGCACCAGGAUUUUGUACAUCAUGGAAAGCUGGUCGACCUGUUUUUACGGAAUGUCUUUCGACAUUAGCCGAUGGUCUUGCUGUUUCUUUGGUUGGUGCAAAUGCUUUUGCAACAGCUGCACCGUUAGUUGAUAAAGUUGUUUCUGUAAGUGAAGAAUAUAUUGCUAUUGCUAUACUACGUUUGGUUGAAAUGGAAAAAGCUGUGGUUGAAGGAGCUGGUGCUACAGGUUUAGCAGCUAUUUUACAAGGUUUACUACCUGAAUUACAAGGAAAAAAAGUAGUAAUACCAUUAUGUGGUGGUAAUAUUGAUACAACUGUACUCGGGCGUGUACUUGAACGUGGUCUUGUUGCUGAUAAACGUCUAGUAAAAGUUUGGUUAACAGUCAGUGAUCGUCCGGGAUCGUUAGCACACAUGUGCAAAUUAUUUAGUACAGCUGGUGCUAGUGUUAAAGAUAUUUAUCAUGAACGAGCUUGGCUUAAAUCUGAUAUGUUUUCAGUUCAAAUACAAGUUGUAUUGGAAGUACGCGAUAGCGAACAUGCUGAUGAAGUAACGAAGAUAAUAUCUGAAAAUUAUGAAGAUGUUAAAUUCUAUCAAGGGCAAAUAUAG